AUGAGGUCUUCUUCUCCAUCAUCUGUGCCGGAGACACAUAAUUCCACUAACCGCCGCCAAUUGUCGCAAGAGGAGCUACUCCAACAGCCUGGACGUGAGCAUUGCACUCCUCUGCAUCCUACUCGGAUUGGUUUAGAUGUGAUCCUGAGUCCUGACAUGUUAAUUAGUAAGGCCAUUCUCCAAAUUUUCAAGUCUCAACUCGAGAAGACAAAUGGCUACACAAUCGCUAAUAAUGGGUGUGAUUCCGCAUUAUGGAGUCUUGUUGAGGGAAACGCACACAAACAAAAAAACAAAAUGGUUCAAGACAAGGUGGCUGAGGAGUGCCUUGCGGCGAUAGAGGAAGACCGCCAAACUCAACUUACACAACUAUCUCAGGCUGGAUCAAACGCGGAGGACUUACCCCGCGAUGACAUGAACCUUAUCUUCGAGGUUGGUCGGCUUCCGGAGCUAGACCAAGCAACGUCUUGUUCAUCUUACAACCCUACGCAUCUUGAAGAAGAAAUUGAGAGAUUGAACGAGCAACUCAACGAGGAGAGAGCAGAGCGAGAGAGGAAGGACAACGAAAACAAAGACUUCCGAGCACGGAUGAAGGCAUUUCUCGAGACGGCUUAUAUGGGACAAGAUUUUUAG